UCGCAGACUGCUUUUUUUGUCAGUUCGAUGAGCUCUUUCUAUUGGCAUAUAAAUUAUCCAAAUCUAAAAUCGCCCCUUCAGCCGGAACAAAUACACUUUAAAAGGUAUUUUACAACUCAAGUGAUAAAAAAGAAUUUAUUUAUAGGUCGAUUUUAAUUAGAAAAUUCAAAAAUUUCCGUUUGUGCUAAAAUUUGUGUGUAAGUUCUUGGGCAUAAUUUACAAAUAAUUUUCCCGUCGGUCUAUGUUAAGAAGAUCUUGCAUCAAAUCUGCAACUCGAUUUUAAGCUUCUUAUAUUUUCAGGUAGCUUUGUUAAUUACAAUCCGCAAAAUUCUAUGGGAUUAAUGGCUGAAACAUCGUCUAAUCCGAUUUCUCAACAAAAUGGACAUUUCCAAGAAGGAUGUAUUCGAGGUGCCAAUACCUCAUUGCCACCUCCUCAACAAUACCAAAAUCCUUCGACAAUAAAACCAAAUCUUCCACCUUCAUAUAGUUCUGCGACAACCGGUUUUCCUUCGCUAAAUCCUUCACCGCAAAGUUCAAAACCAUACAAUCCAUUUGGUUACAAAGAUCGUCCUUAUAACAUUCAUCAACAACAUAAUAAUCAAAAUUUUGUUGCUGGUUGCAAUAGACAACCACCAACAACUAAUUUUAUUUUAAACGAUCAACAAAUAUCGUCAUCUUUUAAUCGUCAGUCGGGUGCAUUUAUAGGUGGAAGUAUUAGCGGAGCUUUUUCUAGUUCACCUCUUUCAUCACCAAACACCAACGCGACGAUUAAUAGCGGAGCAAUUGCCGGAACUAUUGUUAAUUCAGGAGGUCGCCCAUCGCCACAACUCACUCAUCCAUCCCAUUCACAACAACAGUCAUCUUUUUUAUCAAUGGCUAGUGGCCCUCCACAAAUCCAUCAAUUAGCACAACAACAGCAAGCUCCUUUCCAUCAAAUUGGAAACAAUAAUAGUGGAGUUAAUUAUCAGCCUAAGCAAUAUGGCUCAACUGUUGGUGGCACAAACGCUUUUGACAUGUCUCCACUUCUUUAUGAGACUGGUAUCGACAAUAACACUCGACAUACAGGCCCGACAAUGAAUGGAGCGAUGAAUGAAGAUUUUCUUGGUGACUUUGUACCUCCUGAAUUACAGACAGCUGUAUCGGAUCGUUAUGUUCUUUCUAAUGAAUUGAAGGAGCGAAUUGAUGGUUCUUCUAAAAAACAGGCUCUUUUUGAAAUUAUAAUCGGCCUUGAGGAAGUUGCUUUUGGAUUACCAACAUAUUUUAAUACCUGGGCAACCGAAAUACGAGACCGAAUGGUUGGUAGAGAUCCGCUUCCUGAACCGGAUUUGCGUAUUGCUUCAGAGAUUCUUAUUGAAAUGGCGGUUGUUUUAGACGAAAGUCAGUAUAAUUAUUCUUGUUUGUGUCAAUUCCUCGACAAAAACAUUGAAAACUUUAGUCAAAAUAUAUUGCUUUCGCAAUUAGCUUUGUUCAUUAACGAUACACAAUCUUCACUUUCCUUACAACAUUAUUGCAAUUUGGUUACCUUUUUGGCUGAACUUUACGACAAAAUCGAGGUCAAUGGAGUGAAAUCUUCACAAUUAGCUGCCCAUCUUUUUGACCAAUUACAUGGGUUAUUGAAACUACCUUCUGACAAUCAGGGAAUUGGUGUUAUCGUUAAAAUACUUAAACUGACUGGCCGUUUUUUGGAGAAUGACCGUGGAUCUGAAGCUAUGAAUGCAUUCAUGAUAGAUUUGAACGAAUGUGCUGCGUCGUGUAAUGACCUUACAAAAUUGAAAGUUCGAAAUCUUCUCGAGUUACGCGCCAAACAUUGGGGGAUUGUUUCCGAGACUGCUCGAGCAGGUGAUAUUAGCAAUGACGCUUAUCCAGCUGUUGGACUUUUGGGCCCAGAUGGAGAACAUUUAAUUCCUGAUGACGAUUGUGCCUUUUUGGACGAAAAUUUCGACACUUUUGGAAAUUCUCCUUCUGGUUCACUGUACAACAAUCCAAUCGAGGAAGACAAUGUUGAAGAUGAAUAUGAUAAAUUUCUGCAAGCCACCGCAGAACGUACAGCGGAGAGAGCUCUUGUUUCUUUUGAUGAAGAUGAUGAAAGUAUUGUCUCUUCGCCUGCGUUUAUGUCGAAGCAGGGCAAUGAGAAAAUGUCUUAAGAUGAUGAAAAGGGAAGUUAAGAAUGAUGGAAGACCAGCAUAAUUCAA